UGCUGGAGAACAAGGCGUAGAAGAAGACGGAGAGCUAAGCCACAGCAGCGAGUAGCGUCGCGUCAGAUGAAUAGUUAAUAGUGAAAACACUGUAAAACAAGCCGCUGUUUGCCUCUAGUCAGCAUUGCUAGACGGUGUUAGUGAGCAAUUAUGAAUAGUAGUCCGUUAUUCAUACUUUGAAGCCUCUCUCGCAGCGCUGAUAAUGCUAAAUAUGAAACUACCGACGAAAGCGGGCGAGGACGGAGCCGAGGACGAGCCUGUGGAGCGGUCGGAGCAUAUUCCCAGGGCAGCGUCCCCUUCGGUGUCCGACAGGCUGGAACCGGAGUCUCCCCGACCCGGUGUGUGUCCAUCUCAACUGGACAAGGAGACGGCGUUCGAGUGGUUCGGCCUACACCUGAACCCCGCCAAGCGUAUUGAGUUCAUGUGCGGGCUGCUCCAUAUGUGCCAGCCCCUGGAGCUCCGCUUUUUGGGCUCCUAUUUAGAAGAUCUCGCUCGGAAAGAUUACCACGUUUUACGGGACUUCGAGUUUAGGGCGAACAGCCCGAGCGACCUGGGCCUUUUGACGGACGUGAUUGACCCAGUGGUGCGGUCCAAACUCCUGGUCUGCCUGUCCCUCCUCGGAUCUGACAGCAGAGAAUGUGCUGGAAUAGUAUUUCGGAUACUGAGACACGUAGACCCGGCUGUGUUCCACAAAAACUACGAGUACCCCCUUCCCCCAUUCAGGGAGCCUCACCACCACCCGUUCCACCCGCCGUGUCAUGACGGGAGCGCGUACGGGCGCCCGGAGCAGACGUGCGGCGUGUCCGGCGGCGAACCAGCGACGGGACCCCUGGAGCAGUUGGCGCUGCUCUUCACGAUGGCCUCUCUGCACCCCGCUUUCUAUUUCCACCAGCGGGAAACGCUGCGAGAGCAGGUCGACAAGAUCGAGCUCGCCUUGGAGGAUGAGAGACGUCAAAGUCAGUUCAGAAUAAACGCCCAGACUACGGAGCUGAUGGGUCAGAAGGCUGGAUACUUGCCUUCUCAAGCCCUGGGUUUGGGAGAGUGUACAGCUUCCCAUCUUCCUUGCCAGAGUCGACGCUCCAGCCGCUGGGCAACGCCAAGAGAAGCAGUGCAUAUAGAAGCGAUUAUUCUCAGGAGCAUCACUCAGACCAGAAUAGACAAGGAAUACAACUUUGAGGUGAAGUGGUCAGAUUCUUCUUCCAGCAGUGUGACCAAAACCCAUCUGGAACUGGAGAACUUCCUUCUUAAGCUUCCUAAAGACCAGUGCACUGAGCCCUUUGUGAAGAGCAUCCUGAGGCUUCUGAACCAAGGGAACCAGUAUGAGAGCAGGGAACUGCAGAACAGCCUCAGGGAGAGGUUCCUGUCUGCUCCUCCAGCCUUCAGACAGACCAGAAGGCUCUGCAGCUUUUUCAAGUGUGACUCCACUUACUCCUCUAAACCUACUUGCUGCAGAUGUAACUGCCAGCCAGGAAAAGCGUACCAAGGAGACUGCUCCGAUGCCUCCAGCCAGGAGGAAGAUUCUUAUGUUCAGGGUCACAAGAAAAAGCACGGGACCAAGAGUCCAUGUCAAGGUCUUUCUAGUGCCAAAGCCUCCCAAGCAGACGGAUGGAGGGGGGGGGACACCACAGAACUUAAUGGUCCCACAGACAGGAGGAAGAAGAGCUGUACACUGAGGAGCAGUAAGGAGUCUGAGCAGCACCAGGACACUGAGAAGAGAAGCCACCCUGUGACUAAAGUCAAGAGCAGAGUUCGUUCUACAGACAGUGACAAAGGGAAGAGGAAGGGCGCUGCCUUUGUGACCAAUGGAAGUUUGGGACUAGAUGAAGCUUCUGGCGCCGAUACGUUUGGCGAGACCUCAUCAGAAAGCUACAGCUCUCCAUCAAGCCCCCAGCACAGAGGAGCAGAGAGCCUGGAGAGUGAGGACGACAACAACAAAGACACAGACAGCCACUCGGACGACUCCACCAAAGGUCCAGGUCCGGACGUGUUCUUCACGCAGCAGACUGAGCCAGCUGCAGGGAGGGAGCUCUCCUCUGGCCGCCUGCAGGCCCAGAUGAAGCCACUCAACCAAGAGUUGCCCCAGCCGCCGUUCAUGCAUCCCCUGCCCUACGUGCUGCCCAGUGGGGCCGCAGACUCUUCACUUCAAACUGCACUGGCCCCCCCUCGCAGCCAAAGCAUCGCAGCCGAUGGGAGCCCGUCAUCUAACACACUGAUGAUGCAAAUGCCCCUAGUGCCUCCAGCUGUGCCUGGACCCAGGAUAAUCGGAGACCCAGAGAAGAGGGACAUGCUCCCAACCUUUGGGAUUUCACCAGUUGGCCUCCAUUCUCCAGGAAGUCCUGCAGGGCAGCCUCUGGUCACAAGGUUCAAAACGGCUCCGCUUCAGUGCGAUGGCGCCUCUGUGAGUGGUUCUGCUCCUGCUGGGCCCCAGGCAUCAAACCAGGCCUCUAUUCGACCCCUGAGUGUCAUCAGUCCUGGACCCACAGCCUUUCCCUCCUCUCUCCAGCAGCCUCUGCCCUGCUCAGACCCAGCCGGCGUCAGCUCCGGUCUGGCCUCCUCUCUGCCUCAUGUGGAGCCUUCGCACGCCAAGCACCCCAUCUUAACUCUGCCGCCUGCCCUGCCUUCUCCUUGCACCCUGCCCCCUGUCCCCACCUCUGCAGCUCCUGGGGUAAUGCAGCCCGCUCUUCCUCCAGCUGUGCCCACCCACACACCUGGACCUGCUCCCAGCCCCAGCCCAGCGCUCACUCACAGCACAGCGCACAGUGAUAGUACGUCCUACAGCAACAGCAGCACUUCCUGUGGGAUGGCCCACGUUCCUGGAAACCCUGUUCCCCUUCAGCAAACCCAGCAGAAACAGGUCGCCGCCCAGCAGCCGACACCCCCACCCCAACAACAACCCAUGGGCUGUGGGACCUGUGGUUGUCACAACAACUGUGGAGGGCGAGGCAGCGGCAGCAACGUCAGUGGCGCCUCAGGCUGCCAGACGCCUUUGUUCUUCCCCGCUCACCAAAUGGCCGCGGCCGCCCAGCAGGUGUUGGGCGUUCCUCCGACUCUCUUCCAUCUAACAAGCCUGUGUAGUAACAGCUACCUCACCCAGGCCCCGCCCCCCCACCAGGCCAACGGCGCCGCCGCCCUGUCCCCCUUCUUCCCCACGGCUCCACCUCCUGGCCACGCACCCUACGGCCCCCUCCACACUCACUGCCACAGUCACGCAGACGUGUCGCCGCACAUGCUGAGCACGCAGGUGGUGGCGGCGGCCGCAGGCUACAACCUCCAGCAGCACAUGGCGCCAGCGACGUCGUUCUGCCAGCGCAUCUACCAGCACAUGUACCCAAACCAUCUAGGGAUGCUGCCCGCUGUGACCCUCGGGGCGGGAGGCGUCAAUAAGAAGAAUGGCAACGUGUCUUGUUACAACUGUGGCGCGAGUAGCCACUACGCUCAGGACUGCAGCCAACCCCCCAUAGACUCUACACAGCAAGGUGGUUUCCGGUUAAAGUAUGCAGAAGCACUCGACAAUGCAGAAUGAAGACGAGAGGACGAAGAGGAGCUCCUCUGGCCUCGUUUCCACAGUUCCGCUCCUCCAUAGACGCGCGUGAGCCGAAGCUUCUGUCUAAUAAAACACUUCCCAAAAAGAGUGACCUGCCAAGGGCUCGGUGGACAAAGCCCAAGUACUUGUGCCUGAGAAAAAUCUUGUUUCCAUAGUGAUGAGUCACUGUCUCACGCACACUAACCGUCUGUGUGACUCCCGGUCGCUUCCAUUUCAGUUGGUUCAUCUUAUGUUUGCACUGAGGGUUAGAAACAUUUAACUUAUUACUAAACUGUAAGUGCGUUGACAGAGUUGGGGAAAAUUCUGAUCCGUGUGUGAAAAAAAGUUCUUAAACAUAUUUGUAAAACAGCAUAUUUAUGCUUUUUCAUUGUUACUGUUCACUUAGGAUUUUAUUGUCUGACAGCGCUUUGUCAGCAGUUCUCAGAUUUAAAGGAGAUUCUAAAGUUAUGUAAGCAGAACAGAUUUUAUGUUUGAUUUCAUUUUCAGUUUGUUGUUGGUUCUUGAAUGUCUUCCUGGUUAAAGGAAUCUCUGUGUGGAUCUCCUGCAUUUGCCACUUGAUAUGUUUGGUUGAAGGUUGUUGCUGCUUUGUAAUGUUUAGUUUUUUUAAUAGUUUUACUUAGUGAAAUGCACUAUUGUGAAGCAAGAAUUUAAAGUGCACUAAAGAGUUCUCAUCACAACCAGAAUGGAAAUGGUUCUUUUCUUUUAGCUGCUGUAGGAAGUGAGCUCCAACGCAGGCGACUAGUAGGCAGGUAUGAAGGUCCUGGACUCCCACUUACAGAAUAAAACCAGAGGAAAAAAUAAUAAUGAAGGUAUGGAACAUUUGAAACACUAGUGGGAGCGAUUCUUAGGGCCCCUUUUUGCUUUAGGCUGGUCAGAAUCUGUUGUCUCACCACAUCUGCAGCUGAAAGCUCUGAAUGUGUUGCACUGCCGCCUCAUUGUCUCUAUUGAUGAUGUUUACUGUAAGUACUUUAGUAGCCUCAAACUCAGCCCAGUUAACAGCGAACCCUGCCUUCACUCUCCUGUCACUGUUCGUGUAUGUAGCUAGUCCUGUGGAUAACGUGAGGCUAGAGUUAAAGGGUCUAGACAGUCUUUCGGCCUCCAAACCCAACUCCACAACAUCAACACUGAAUGUAACGUGUGCAUUCAGUUAUUUCUUAUUAUUAUUAUUCUUAUUGCUUAAUGUUUAGAAGAAUUAUCACAACCUGCUGCUGAAGGUGAUUCACAGGCAGAAUCCAUCUGACGUGAGAAUUGAAGUUCGUUGUUGGACAGUAUUUAGACUCUUGAGCUUCUAUUAUGUGUAAGGAUAUCCUGAGAAUACAACACCAGCCUGAGUACAUGUUACCAUACGCACACGUGUUAAAACCGUUAAAGCUUGUGUCAGAGCAGAGUUUACUGAAGGCAAAGACGGACUGGUUCUGGACUUAACUCACUGUUGAUUGUUACAUAUUUAGUUAAUGAAACCUGGGUUCUACAGUAUUUAAUGAAACCUUAGUCUUUAAGCAUGUGAAUAACAACCCUGGGCAUACGAGUUGGUUUUAAUAUUUUUAUUUCCAGAGUUUCAUACAAAUUCAGUAUUUCUAACUUACUAUGAACUUUUUUUAGAAUUGGAAUAAUGGAGUUCCCCUUUAAAAUGCUCAGUAAGAACCUUCGGUAGAACACUGAACACCACAGCCUGUAAAAAUAUGUCCUAUCUGAACAUGAUGUAACUAAGACGUUUUUUUUGGGCAGACAUUUCUUUACAGUUGUUUGCUAAUUGUGUCUCAAAGUUUGUCAGGCUGCUCUUAUCGUCUUUAAGGCUUUGUGGAAAUUACUGUUCAGCUUUAUCAGUGCAUGAAUAUACUAGAAAUCUAUGCAUACACUUGUUUUCACUAGAAGCUGGAAGUGACACAGACUAAGACAUUCAACCUAAAGAGCAAAGCCCCUCAAAUAAACUAGCGUUAGCGUAAAAGGUCUGGAUCAAGUGACCACAUUUGGAGCAGUCACAUCCACUGGGGAGGGAGGUCCAGUGACUAUAGGUCAUUUACGUCUGUGAGGGGUCAGUCUGCUGCCGCACUUGGUUCCAACGUUUACUCUUUGAUACCUACGUACUGGAAAGGUCAAAUAUAUUUAUAGAUCAGAAUCUGGAUUUUAUGCAAACUGUUCUUUUUCCCUGUGAUUAAAAGCAAUAAAUAUAUCAAUGGAUGGUUAA